CUACUCAAGUAGGUAGGUACUUGCUUACCUACCUAUGAAAUGUCAAAUCAUUUUUUGAUAAGUUUAUGGACGAUAAACAGAGUGUCGUGAAUACAAUCAAAGUGACUUUUGCUUUUUGAAAAAAUUAAGUUAAACAUACUUUAAGAAUAAUGAGUUUUAAUUUGCCACCGCUUAUCCCAAAACCAACUGUCAGUGAACAAUUCAAUGUUCACAAUGACAAUUAUGGGGUACCUAGCCCUAUGGUUUCAGGGUUGUCAGGAACUAGACAAAGCAUAGGCUUCUCCCAUCCCUUAGAAGUUUCUGAAAGAAAUUUUCAAAAAAACUGUGACCGUAUGAAUAUGGUAUUACUUAGAAACACACAAGGAAUACAUGCACCAAUGCGAAUAGCAAUGGAAUUAAAAGCAACUGAAAAAAUUGGAAGAUUGCCCUUUUUACCAUCAUCAAAUUUAAUGAAAGAUGUCAUACUUGGAAGAGAUGAGGAUAUAGGAUUUGAAGACAUAUUAAACACUGCUGAAUUUAGAGAACAAAUGGGCCAGCCACAUGCAGUUAUUGAAAAAAGUCUUGGAAUAUUGUAAAAUUUUUAUUUGGUAUAUAAACUGGCUUUGUAUUAUUGAACAUAAAUAACAAUAAAUCAUAAAUUCCUAUCUAAAAUA